GUUGCCCCUCACUAUUAGUACUCCCUAGCUCAAGUGCUCCAACUUGUCAGGAUAUUAAUUCCUUAUUCACUCUAUAGUCAUGGAACAAAAACAAUCAAACUCCGAAAUUGAUCAGUCCCCUAAUUUUUCUAUAGCUGUAGAUUAUGAUCAGAAAGCCACUGAAUUCCGUCCAUUUUCAUUAUCUUCACCUCACAUGCGAGCUUUUCACCUUGCAUGGCUCUCUCUAUUUUCUUGUUUCUUCUCCACUUUUGCUAUCCCCCCACUUCUUGAAGUCAUUCGUAAAGACCUUAAUCUCACUGAAACUGACAUUGGAAGAGCUGGAAUUGCUUCUUUCGUUGGUUCCAUUUUCUCUCGCCUAGCGAUGGGCCCCGCAUGUGACGUGUUCGGUCCACGUGUUGCCUCUGCCACGCUGUCUCUCCUCACUGCCCCAGUAGUUCUCUCAACUUGUCUCAUAUCCUCCCCACAAGGCUUCAUCUUGGUUCGGUUUUUAAUCGGUUUUUGCUUGGCUAAUUUCGUGGCUAGCCAAUUUUGGAUGAGUUGUAUGUUCUCUGGAUGUGUUGUUGGGCUUGCAAAUGGAUUUGCUGCUGGUUGGGCCAAUGUUGGGUCUGGUCUGACCCAAUUAGCCAUGCCACUCGUAUAUUCACUCUUCACAAGCUGCUUAAAUAUACCUUCAUUUAUUUCGUGGCGUAUUGCAUUUAUUUUCCCAGCAAUAUUUCAAGCCGUGACAGCAAUUAUGGUCCUAGUGUACGGCCAAGACUUGCCUGACGGUAACUACAAGCGCAAGAAAAUAACAGGCCACAAGCCUAGUGAAAAUAUUUUGAGCAUAGUUUUAAAUGGGCUAAAGAAUUACAGGGGAUGGAUAUUGGGUAUAACAUAUGGAUUUUGCUUUGGAGUUGAAUUAACUACAGAUAAUAUAAUAGCGGAGUAUUAUUACGAGAGGUUUCAUGUAAAUAUUGAUGUAGCAGGGGGGAUCGCGGCGAGUUUUGGUGUAGCGAAUUGUGUGUCGAGGCCAGUAGGUGGAAUUAUAUCUGAUAAGAUGGGGAAGAGAUUUGGGAUGAGAGGGAGGUUAUGGAGUUUGUGGGUGGUGCAAACGGUGGCUGGAUUGCUGUGUAUACUGCUUGGGCGAGUCAAUACAGUUGGGGUCUCUGUUUUGGUAAUGGCUUGUUUUUCUCUCUUUGUUCAAGCUGCUUCGGGCCUCACAUUUGGUAUUGUGCCUUUUGUCUCCAAAAGGUCAUUAGGAGUAAUAUCAGGCAUGACAGGAAGUGGUGGGACUUUAGGAGCAGUCAUAACACAAUUUCUGCUAUUUUCAGGUUCCUCCAAAUUCUCAACCCAAACGAGCAUAUCUAUUAUGGGCCUACUGAUGCUUGUCUUCACUCUGCCAAUUACCCUUAUCUACUUCCCCAAGUGGGGCGGAAUGUUUUGUGGUUCUUCAAUAGACGAAGAUGAUGAAAACUACCACCUACUUGAUUAAGUCUUUGUGAUUGCUUUUAAAUGUUCAGGACUCGUGUAGGAUCCAAAUAUCAAAUUGAGUGCUAAAAUAUGUAUCUAUGGAAAUUAAGUUAGCUAGGAUUUAAAUAGCAAUCUUAAUAUAUUAGUAUUAUUUUUGUAAUUAUGUGUAGUUAUUGGUAAUACUUGUGUAUUGGAUUGUUUCUAGUAAUACAAUUAAAGUGCC